GACUAACAAUGAGGACAGCAUUGACGAGUUCUCAGUGAGACGUAUCUGCUAUUCUUGGAUUAUGGAUAUAAAAUUUAGUUAAACCUGGAUUUUUCUAAACGUCAUGCAACCAAGGGUGACUAAAUGGCUGGUUUUGUGAAGAAGUGUCCGUGUCUGCGGCCACAAAUAGAGGAUGAUGUCCGAGAACUGGACUAUCGGCAUUGUAGUUUGAGUGACGUCCCGUCAGAAGUCUUCAACUUUGAGCGAACCCUUGAAGAACUAUUUGUCGAUUCAAAUCAGAUCCGAGAUUUACCCAGGGAGUUAUUCUAUUGCCAUGGAAUAAGGAAGUUGAGUCUAAGUGACAAUGAAAUCACACACAUCCCUCCAGCGAUUGCCAGCCUCAUCAACUUGGAGGAUCUGGACAUCAGUAAAAAUGGUAUCAUUGACAUGCCGGAAAACAUCAAAUGCUGUAAAUAUCUACACACAGUGGAGGCCAGUGUCAACCCACUCGGAAAGUUACCUGAUGGAUUCACACAGCUCCUAAAUCUCACACAACUGUUUCUGAAUGAUACAUUCCUCGACUACCUCCCAGGGAAUUUUGGCAGGCUGUCUCGUCUAAAAAUUUUGGAGAUUCGUGAAAACCACCUGAAGACACUCCCAAAGUCUUUCUCACGCCUCACCAACCUCGAGAGACUUGACAUCGGCCACAAUGAGUUCACAGAUUUGCCAGACGUGAUAGGGAAUUUGACUGGACUACUGGAAUUAUGGUGCGACCACAACCAGAUAGCCCAGGUCACGCCGAUGGUAGGAAACCUGAAGCAGCUCAUGUUCCUCGACUGCACAAAGAACAGGAUCCAGACACUUCCUGAUGAGAUAGAGGGUUGUGUGUCCUUGGCUGACCUUCACCUUACAGGCAACCACCUUCAAGGUCUUCCCGAGUCUAUGGGUAAUCUAGAACACAUCACUACGCUAAAAGUGGACGGGAACCAACUGACGUCCCUACCCAACACUAUUGGCGGCCUGACAUCCUUAUCGGAGCUCAAUGUCAGCCGUAAUGACCUUGAGGAUCUGCCAUCAUCCUUAGGACUCCUCCGAAAUCUACGGACACUGUAUGCUGAUGAGAAUUGUCUGGAGAUGAUUCCAGCUGAGCUGGGAAGCUGCAGUGGGAUCACAGUACUUUCUCUGCGCAGUAACAAACUAGAAUAUAUCCCAGAUGAACUUGGACGUAUUCCACGUCUCCGCGUACUCAACCUCAGUGACAACCUCCUCAAAUUCCUACCCUUCUCUAUCACCAAACUGAAGGAGCUUCAGGCCCUCUGGCUGUCAGAGAACCAGACGAGGCCCAUUGUCCCGUUCCAGUCUGAGAUAGAACCAGAGACAGGACGCAAGAUUCUGACCUGCUAUCUACUACCUCAGUGUCCCUCUGAGGACGCAGGAGACAUUAAUGGCGGAGGGGACACUGAUAGUUUCCAUGCCUCUAUCUGGGAUGAGGAGCGCGAACGAAGACAACAGAUCCACUUUGAGUUUACCGAGGAACUGGAUGAGGAUGGCAAGCUAGUCAGGUGUCCCACCCCAUAUCCUAAAGAGAUGCGAGAAAAGAUUCGGCAUGCUCGCAACCUUGCAGUUCGUCAGAAACUUACAGGAGAUGGAAGGCCAUGGAGAGGCGGAGAGGAUAAUAAGGCUUUUGACAGAGAGAGUGGGCAUGGCAUUGUGUCCAGUUCCGCUGACCACGGUGAUGUCAGACUGCGUGAGGCCAGGAUAGCCAAACCAUCCUCUCCCACCCUACAGGAAACCCACAGACUGUACAAGUUUGACAGGGAAAAACUGGCCAAGGAUAAGGCUCGUAUGCAGCAGAACCGUCACAGUUCACCGGAGAAUUUUGUGCUUGACCUCUCCCAGUCUAAUCAUAAGGGUGACUUCAGUCGCCCUGACAGCCCAAGGAAAGGAGGUAAACUGUCUCCUAGGAAACACAGACAAGAUGAGGAUGAUGGAGGAUUCUCUCAGAGGGACUCGUCUAAACUGUCCCAUCACAGCUCUAACCCCGACAUAUCUGUUAAGUCUGUAGGUGUGUCAUCUGUGGGUGUGUCAGCCCGAGCUACAAGUUCUAUCGGAGUAACUGCGAGGAGCUCUUCAGACCAGAAUGACUCUCGAGGCAUGCCAGGGUUUGCCUAUGUAAACCCAAAAGACUUGGAGGCAUCCUUUUCUCAAUACAGCAUGUUUGGACGAUCAGUUGACCCAGCAUACUACAAUAACAAGAAAGGAUACCAUAGUAACCAGCACCGUGGCGGCCGACAUCGGACGCGAGACUAUGAUUCCGACACAGGUUAUCGUAGUGAGACAGAGGUGGCUAGGUUUCAUAGACAGCAGGUUCUUGCCCAACAACACGAGCGUCGUGGUUAUGAGAGUGAACGUGAGUCUGGCACUCAUCAUCGAUGGAAAGGGCGGGAUGGAUACUCAAGUGACCUUGAAUGUUAUCAAAGUCGUGGUGGAGACUCUAGAGACAUUGCUUAUAGAGGAGUGCCAAUACAUCAACAGCACAAUGCAAACAGUCUUCCUUAUGACCUUAAUGACUCUCAGAGACAAUUAAAUCACACGGCACAUAAAACUUCAAAUCCACAUUUAAAUAUAAAGGGCAGUGAUGUGUACAUGGACAGUAUGCACAUGACAGGUAGUGAUGUUUAUACAGACAGUCCGAAACCUCAGAUGAGGAAAUCGGAAGCGUAUAUGGACCGAUCGUUAUCCCAUCCUCCCCACAGUAUGGACAGAUCCUUACCCCUCCCCCCACACAGUGUAAAUAGGACGCUGCCCCCUCCCUCCCCUAGUCAGUUUCACAGAAGUAAGAUUGUUGACCAAAGUACUCCUACAAAUCCUGAACCUCCACAGGGCUUCCCAACAGGGGGCAUUGAAAGGUCAAGGUCAAAUAGUGCUAGUGGCAGUCAUGAUGAUAGUGAUGCGCGAGUGUCUGACCAGCGAAGGGAUAUGUACAGUACUAGUAACACAAGGGAAUAUCCCAACAGAUCAAAUCCGUCCAAUCAAAGCAAUGGUUUGCCACCUCCAUAUAAACCCGCACCCCCAUAUGUCUCGUCUCCAGGACAGAAGAAGCUUCCUCCCACACCCAACAGGAAUUCCCCAUACGGUGUCUUAAAUUACGACAGAAGAGGAAAUAAUUCUCCCACAAUGCACCAGAGACUGUCUGGAAUGACAAUCCAGGAACAGAUGGAGAACAAGCCAGAAUCUGAUAAAUAUGCCGAUGUAAAUAGGAUAUCUGGGGACUACGGUCGGGCUAAUACAUCUAGACAGCUUGAGAAGGAAUUCCACUAUCCAGACAGAAACGGCUCAGACGGUCUAUCUGAUUCACACAACGACUCUCGCACCUCACAGGACGAAUACAAGUUCAACUACAAUAGUGACCCGUCUACCAUGUCUGUUUCACCAGACCGAUCAAGGACUCCUGUGUCAGGUUCCUUUGACGAACACAGGGACUCACCUCGAGAGUCUGGCUACAGUAGUAGGGAACACAGUAGUCAUAGAAACUCUCCAUUCGACACGCCCCAAAAGUAUGAUCAGCACCCUCACGCGGGACUAUACCAUCACAUGCAUCAGGGGUCGUUUGGGGACAGCAGUGACGGUCGUGUGAUGUCUAACUGUGAGGAUGGCAAUGCGUUCGAGAACAGUAAUUCAGAGCCCACUUCUCAGGUGUCCAGUUCCUCAGACAGUGGGUACUACCAUGGCCAGCAUUUUGAGAAGACAGCUGACACCCCAUCUAAAUAUUCAGAUUACAGCUAUCCCCAGGAGCCCCGACAUGUCAUAUCUCCAGGACAGCAGUACCCUUACACACCAUAUGCCACUCCUGUUCGGGCAUCUCCCAGGCCAGGGGGGACAACUCCUGAUCAAACUCGCGAAUCUCGCCCACCAAUCAAAAUGAUCCAGAAUGACUUGAAGGGAGAUAAGUUCCGUGUGACUAUAAAAAAGAAUCCCGGUCUAGGGUUCAGUAUCGCGGGAGGAUACGGUGCCCUUGGCAACCCCUACAGAGCAGGAGAUAAAGGUAUCUUUGUGACAAAGGUUCAAUCCGAAGGACCCGCAGCUAUGUCACUUAGUCCAGGUGACAAAAUCCUCGAGGUGAAUGGACAUGACUUCACCAAGAUCCACCAUGACGACGCAGUGUCCAUCAUCAAGCAGUGCAGUAGUGUUUCCAUGAACAUAGAGAGGGUUUAUACUGUGUGAUUGGACCAACAUUGUAACAGACUAUUGAGAUUGUGUAUGGUUACCAUGGAAACCAGUAAAACUUGUCCAUGUCUGGAAAAAGUUGUCCAGGGAUCCAAAUCAAACAUUUCAAUGAUGUAACAGCUGGUUUCCGAGGACUCAUCGAGUGGAAUAUUUCCUUAUGUAACAAAGGUUGUACCUUUCAAGGGAAAAAGCUGCAUGUUGUAAAUGCAUCUAUGUGAAAGGAGAAACAAAAGUACCCAAGUGUUACGAUGGAAGUGUCUGGGAACUAUGGCGAUACCUACCCUUGUAAUAAAACUGUUGGGUAGGGUCUUUGGUCAAUACUGACCAAUCAGGUUCUCUAGUCCUAAACUCUCAAUGAAGAGAGAUUAUGUUACAUAUUAUGAGAUUUGAUUGUGACUGGAGUCACAUGCCAUGUGACUUAACAUGUGUUAUUAAAACUUGGAUACAAAAUGGCAAAAUUUGAUAGCAUUACAUAAAGUUGUGAAGAUUGACAUUUCCAUGUAUCCUGCGGAGAGAUAUCCUAAAAUGUAAAAUCAGCUGACUCAUAUUCAUUUGUGGAUAUAUUUUGAAGAUAUUCAUCCCAUAAUCUGAAUUGCUGAAUUAAGAAAUAUUUAUAGGGCAUUGUAUGGUACAAAAAAUUUAAAAGUUACAAUUUCAGAUAUUGUUCAAAAUUUUGAAUGAAAUUGGUAUACAUGAAAAGUUAGUGAAAGGAAUGAAAUCCAUCUGAAUCAAACAGCCAAAAGACUGUGAUAUACCUAAUUAUGCAUGAGUGAGAUUGAAGGUCAAUUUAAUUAUACUUUUAUAAAUAGCAUGAUAUGUCUUUAUAUAUUUGUACAUAACAUUUUAUUUACACUUUUAAAGAAGGAAAUCCAUGAACUCAAAGUUAUAUAUUUUUUUUUUUGCUUCUCAAAUGAGAAAAAUAGAUAUGUUGAUUCCUUUUUAACACAGGUUUUUGAAUUUUAAAUGACAUCGAUUAAGAUCUCAUAGUCAUUUUCAAUCUAUGAUAUACAUGUCAUUGUAGAUCCAAACCCUAUAUCUAAACGACUCACAUGUACUAAGUACAGAUGUUUUUGUAAUGGAAUGAUUCUGAUGUAUUCAGUGUGAUACUUGAUUUGUCACAUGAUGAUUUUCCUGUGUAGACCUCCAUAUAGCAGGUCAGAUGUUUGAAUGGCAUGGGUAGCUAAAUAUAAGCUGAGGCAAAUUUGUUUAUUAUGACUUGUCAAAAAAAUUUGGAAAGACAAUAUCCAAUAUUUGAAGUUCAAAAAACAAACAUGUCAGUAUUUUCCAAAUAAAAAACAAUUCCAGUAACACAUACAUAAACCAGCCAAAAAGUAUUGUAAAUAUUUUAUGUUUAUGCCAUGCAGAAAUAGAGGUCUUUUCAAUUUGUUUAUGCAUUUUAAAAUGUCAAUGUUAAAAAACAAGCCAAAAUAUUCAGACUCCAUACACAUACAACCUCUAGGUUUACUUGGAUUACAUCUGAAAAUAAACCUAUCUAUGAUAAGGUAAAUCUAAACAUCUGUAGGUAUUAUUUAUUUAUGAUAUUUAUGAUAUCGGAAUGAUAUGUCUCGGUUUUCCUGUUUUGAAAGUGUUUUCACAAGAUGUCUUUAGAUGUCAGGAGGAUAUAAAAAAACCUUUCGAAAUAUGCUGUGUAAACCAAAGGGAUAUCUAGAUAUAUCAUGUGUACAACAUGUUGAUGUCAUGUAAGAUUUAUGUGAUGUCAUGUGAUAUCCAGAUAUCGAAUGUCAUGUGAGAUUUAUGUGAUAUCCAGAUAUCUGAUGUCGUAUGAGAUAUCUCUGAUGUCAUGUGAGAUGUCAUAUCAAGAUAUCUGAUGUCAUGUGAUAUCCAGAUAUCUGAUGUCGUAUGAGAUAUCUAUGAUGUCAUGUGAGAUGUCAUAUCAAGAUAUCUGAUGUCAUGUGAUAUGUCAUAUCAAGAUAUCUGAUGUCAUGUGAUAUGAAAUUAUAUGAUAUCAUGUAAUAUUAAGAUAUCCGAGAUGUCAUUUUGAAUCAUAGAGAUAUCUCUAGAUAACAGGGAGGCAAUGAUAUUUACAAAAAAAAAAUAGGUGGAAUCCCCACAAAAAUCAUACAAAUCU